AUGUUCAUUUUUUAUGUACCUCUGAUGCUUUCUGCUUCUCCUCCACCUCCUUCCUCCCAGGCACGUGUGGCUGACUGGAGUGUGGUGCGCAUGGGGCAGCGUGUGCACGUGGACAUGGGCGAUGGCUUGGAAGGGCACCGGGAGGGUUCCAUGCUAAGUGGGAGUGGGGAAGACAGAGGCAUGUUGACUGCUGCUGCUGCAGCUGUUCUUUCCCUAUCCCCCGCCUGUCUGCCCAACCCCCCUGCCAGUGUGGGGAUUCUGCUGCUACAGCUGCUCACCUCCCCCCUCCACCACCUCCCCAUCCUGCCUGUGUGCCCCAUCCUCCCCGCCAGUGUGGGAGUGCUGCUGCUACAGCUGCUCACAGGGUGGGCGGGUCCCUUCAGGGAUGUGGAUGGGCAGCGCACCCACAUCUACCACUGGGCCCAACAACACCUAACAGCCGACGACAUCUCUCCUCUCCUCGACCCCCUGUUGCCACAACCUCUGCCCCCUCCCGCUCUCCUCCUCCCCCUCUUCCGCCUCGCCCUCGCCUGCUCCUCCCCCUCCCCCUCCGCCCGCCCCACCCCCUCCUCCGCCCUCACCAAUCUCAGGCCCCUCCGCUCCUCCCUGCUGAACUGGGGGCAGUCAGGAGGCAGGGAGGGGGGAGAAAAAGGGGGGGCGGGAGAGUGGGAGGGGGGAGGAAGUGGAGAGGAUGAGGUGGGGAGUGUGGGGCGGAGUAGUGCAGGGAGUUGGAGCAGGCUAUUCAGGGGGGGAAGUGCGGGGUGGAGUGGUGGCAGUGAGUUGGGUGCACGGCUGGCAAUGCUCGGUUCGGAAGAUAGUAGGGAGUUUGUGGUGGGAGGUGUUGUCUCGUAUCGUGAUGUAGACAGGAGCAGGUGA